UUUAGAUUUUAAAAGAGAUCUAAACAGGUCUAGGUUCCUACUGAUUUGUUACCAUAUUCUGAAAGUUUUGUCAUGAUCUUUUCAUAUUUCUCAGGCGUUUUUAAGACAAUUUUAGUAUAGAUAUGUACUCCUUACCAAUGCUUUAAUAUUAAUGUUUAUUAAUAUAAGCUUUUAUAUACGUCAAAUAUUAGGGCCUACUCUUGCUAGCACUGUAUAAAUUUUUUGGUAUAUGUUCACACUCUGAAAGGAUAGGUGUGUAUCUGGGCAUUAUUCACAGUAGCAUAUGUUCUAGAACAGUGCUAUCCCAUGCCUUACACAAGGCUUGAGCACUUGGAAUGUGGCUGUGCUGUAAAUGUAAAACGGGGAAUUUUGGAGAGUAAAUAUGAAAAAGAAUGUAAAAUACUUUGAUUUGUUUAUGUCACACAUUGAGAUGAUAAUACUUGGGAUACACUGGGUUAAAAUGUGUUAUACUUAAUUUCAUUUAUUUUUGUUUUUUUAACGUGGCUACUAGAGAAUUUUAAAUUAUACUUGUGGCUAGCAUUAUAUUUCUGUUGGCCAGCACUGCUCUAGAAAGGGGUCAACAGACUAUGGCUUGCAGCCAAAUCCAGCCUGCCUAGUUUUGUUUCCUCAUUUGUAAGGUGAAGAUAAGCCAUAUCCAUAUUUCAGAAUUAUUGUGAUAAUUGAGUGACAGGAGUGUGCAUGGCAUGGGGAGUUGUUCAAUGAAUGUCUGUCACCUUCCAGUGAAGAGCUGGAAAUAUGUCUGACAAGAGCCAGAUAGCUGCCAAAGCUUCCCUUAUUGAGGAAGUACUUUCUAAAAGGUAUUUUGAAGAUCUUCACAAUCACCUUACUGAGCUAGAAAUGAUUUAUGUGACUAAGGAGAAUCUCCAGGAGACAGAUGUGGUCAGAGCUGUGUACAGAGUCCUCAAAGACUGCCCCUCAGUGACUUUGAAAAAGAAAGCCAAGUGUUUGUUGUCAAAGUGGAAAGAACUUUAUAAAGAUACUCACUUCAUAUCAAAGGACAGCCCUGAAUUAUUCCCUGCAAGUGGUCAUAAAGAAGAAAAUUCAGGACUUUCUUAUGACCCAAGUCAGGAUGAGAUACCAGCUGCCUGCAGUUCUAAUUUUGUACCAUCAUCCCAGGGGGUUGCAAAACUCAGUAAAAUCAUUGUUCCUGAAAAUAGUGCUAUUCAAAUGGAAUGUAAGGAAGAGCACUUGGGGGGUGAUGACCCUAAAUCCACUGGCAAGAGAUCAAUCAAAUUGCUGGAUCCCAUAACACCUGUGAGAACUAAAUGCGUGGAACUUCUUUAUACAGCCUUAAGUAGUUCUUCCACAGAUCAGCCACAAGCUCCUUUGUGGCAAAACUUUGCAAGAGAAAUCGAAGAGCAUAUAUUUACUCGUUAUUCAAAGAACAUCAAAAAAUAUAAAACUUGUAUCAGAAGCAAAGUUGCCAAUUUGAAGAACCCCAGAAAUUCUCAUUUACAACAAAACUUGGUCUCUGGGGCCUUGUCUCCAAGAGAAUUUGCUGAAAUGACUGUCAUGGAGAUGGCAAAUGAGGAGCUGAAGCAGUUGAGAGCUUCCUACACGGAAUCUUGUAUCCAGGAACAUUACCUUCCCCAAGGGAUUGAUGGCACACAGACAAAAAAAAUAAAAUGCAGGCGCUGUGAGAAAUACAAUUGCAAGGUCACAGUAAUUGCCAGAGGAACACUUUUUCUUCCAAGUUGGGUUCGGAAUUCAAACCCAGAUGAACAAAUGAUGACCUAUGUAAUUUGUAAUGAAUGUGGGGAGCAGUGGUACCAUAGCAAGUGGGUGUGCUUAUAAAUAAUUAAAUGUUAUCUUAAUAAGAGGUAACUCAGAUGAUGCCUUUUUUUUCUUUUUUUGAAGGCAGAGUCUUGCUCUGUUGUCUAGACUAGAGUACAGUGGCAUCAGCCUAGCUGUCAGCAACCUCAAAUUCUUGGACUCAGCAACCCUCCGGCUUCAACCUCCAGAGUAGCUGGGACUACGGGUACCCAUCACCACACCCAGCUAAUUUUUUCUAUUUUUAAUAGAGAUGCGGUCUCUCUCUUGCUGGUCUUGAACUCCUGAGCUCAAGCAAUUCUCCCACCUCAGUCUCUAAAAGUGCUAGAAUUACAGGCACGAGCCACUGUGCCUGGUUGAGUGAUAUCUUUCAUUUAUACAAAUCUCUUGUGCUUGUUUUCAAAAUCUUAUAUAUGCUAAUCUUAAAACAGAAGAAGGAAAGAGUCAUUAGCCUAUGCUCAAACCACAAUCACUAAAAGUUACAGUUUAGGGAGAGAGUGCCUGACUAUUUGCAUUGUACUUUGUGGCCAUUUAGUACCUUGCUGUACUCAGAGUGUGGGUGAGAGCAGCUGAACAUAACCAGGAGCCUGUGAGAAAUGCAGACUGUCAGGCCCCACACCACUGAAUCUGAAUCUUGGCAGGAUCCACA